UAUUAUUUUUCCUUUAUUUUAUUUGGAGGUAUACAUUGCUAGUAUGACAGGGCAUUAACGUUCCAUACGACGAUUAUUCUAGGCGAGUAAAUGGGACAGAAAAAUCAUUUUCUGAAGCGCCUUGGCGAUUGGAUGCCAUCCCUGAACCUCUACGAGCUGUGACACGACAUCAAAACCAGAUGUAUCCUAAACUGGAAUCCAGUACCAGUCAUAGCCACGGCCACAGCCACAGUCAUGCACCUUCACUUGGAUCAUUGGGAUCCCUAUCUUUUAGCGCUGCCCGACCCAACGGAUCUUUAGGCAGCCUCUCAGAAGGAUCAUUGAUAGGACAUGCAAGCGGACGUCCAACAAGCAACGCUGCACCGACACCAACCGCUCUCUCUCCGUCCGCAAUGUCACCAAUGUCGCCGUUUACGUCUUCGAAUGGCAUUGGGCCCUCAUUAUCAUCAUUUGCUCUCAUCCAGAACCAGCAAUUGCGUGAUCGCAACUUGUUGUUGCGAGCACGACAUCACAAGAAAAGUCUUUAUCAGAUUCAGAUUGAAGAGCAGGCGCUGCGGCGCUUACGUGCCAUGAACAUGGAUCGUAUACGGGCCAAGGUUAUCGAAGGCACUGGUGAAUGGUUCACUUGUGAGAUCUUGGAGAGAAUGGUAUAGACGUAUAUUAUUUAUGUUUUGCUCCGAAUGGAGAACGGAUUAAUAUUAGAAGGAUAGACAAUAAAACCCAGUGUCGAAAAUGAGAAAGAAAAUGGGGAUUGUGG